CUGGAGUCAAGUAUUUUGGUGCGAAAUACAAAAAUACUCCAAAUUCAUAGCAAUGACGUCCUUAGAUGAUCUUUUUGAACAAAUAAUUCACACAGAACGCAAAGCACAGGAGAGAAGAAGUUUCCUUAACGAAAUAAAAUGUAAUGUUCAGAAAUUCAAAGAAAAGACACAAGAGGCACAGACAGAAUGUGUUUGUUUACAUGGACAAUUAGCUACCAAGGUACAGCAAAUGAAUGAAGAUGAAAUUUCCUGUAAAAUGUUACAGAACAAACAAAAAACACUCAGUGAACAAUUAGAUAUAAUGAGGCAGGAAUUCGAGGAACUGAGAAACGAAAUGGUUGAAGUCUUAUCAAAGAAAAACAAUGGAACAGAUAUGUUUUGCUCUGAAGUUGAAGAGUUUGCAAUCGACUACAGUUUAAUUAGCAAUGGCCAGUCUAUCAGAGAAAGGGAAGCAAGACAAGAGAUAGCGAAUUUAAAGGAGAAACAUAAUUGUCUCAGACAAGAUAGUCAGGUUUAUGAAGAGAAAAGAAAGUUGGUGUCUGAACUUAAUGACCAGCUUAAAUGUUUCGACGAAGAGAAGACUAAACUGGAAAGAAUACUACAUGAUCUCAAUUGCAAGCUACAAGACGAAAUUCGAUUGACAGAAGAAAAGGAAAAUUUGCUGAGUUUUCCAAUCACAACUCCAGAGUUUGUCAAAUUACAGCAACAGUUGGACACACUGAAAAACGAGAAUUUAGAAGACAAGUGUAACAAUUUACAGAAGGAAAUGUGCAGGCUUCAGCAGUUAUGUUGGCAGAAACAAUUAAAAGAUAGACAAAAACAACAAGACGUCAAACGACAAACUCGAAGACAGGAACAAAAGAAUUCAGUUGCAGUAUCAAAUCGUGUUCAGCUGUCCAAUUUUUCAUCUGAUGGAAAUAACAGAAAACAGGUAGUAGAUAAUACAAACAAAGAAUUACAAGACCUGUUUACUGAGGAUUUUACAGACGUCAACUAUCAGAAAUCGUUAUUCAAAACGAGAUCUGAUCAUUAAAUGUCAUAAGUGUCAUGAACCAGCUGACGAAAAGAGGGAAAAUUAUAUGUUAGUUUUAUUUCCCAGUAAACUUCAAUAUCACAAUUGUACAAUGUACAUAAUAAAAAUGUCUUAUUU